UUACUCAUCAGCUGGCCAUAUAUAUAUAUAUAUGCUCUUUCUGAAAGACUACAUAGAAAACUAAGAGUCUUCAACAACAUCAUCUUUUAUAUAUUUUGUUAUUGCUUGUUGCUGGUGAUCAUCAACAUGGCUGAAGCAGCAGAGCAAAAUUUUUUGGAUAUGACUUUGCAAAAGAUAAACCCUAAUAGAGACGAGCAAGAUCUCUUCUGGGUAGGUGGUAAUGGUGCUUCUGAGUAUGAAUCAACAACAGCUGAAUCCUCCAUGGAAGCUUCAAUCUCUUCAACAGAUUUAGAAGAAGAUGCAUCUUCAUCAUCAUCAACAUUGAAUGGACCUCUGUAUGAAUUAUCAGAACUCAUGGCCCAACUUCCCGUCAAGAGAGGUCUUUCAAAGUUUUAUCAAGGGAAGUCUCAGUCUUACACAUCUCUAGCAAGUGUGAAGAGCUUAGAAGAUCUUGCAAAGAAAGUGACUGUGAUUCCAUACAGAUCUAAAAUGAAGUCAUGCAAGAGCUAUGCUAGGGUUUUAGAUGUUAACAAGUGUUACAGUCCAAAGGCUGCCAUAUCAAAAAGGGACUCAAGAUCAAGAGGAUCUUUUCUAUCUUCUUUAGGAAGGAGAUGAAGUUCUUUAAUGGGCGAUUGCUAGGGCCUCUCAUCCCUCUGCAACGGCAACUACUACUUCUGGAAACCAUAUAUAUGAAAACUUAAUGAGUCUGCAGAAUUAAUAUUGGAAGCUAGUGAGUGUUUUUUUGGUUUUUACGUGUGAAGAAAUUAGGAAUGAAAAUACAGAAAGCAUAAUUAUUUUUAAGCAUGCUGCAGUCUAAUGGAAACCAAAGAAAUAGAUACAUUUUUUUAUUCAA